AUGGGGCUGAACAUUUCCAACAUGCUCACCCCUAGCAGAGCUCCAUUCUACGGUAUCGUCCUGGGAAAUGCGGCUACACCACUUGGUUCAGCGGUCCUGCCAGACUCCUUUGGGACGAAGGACAACUACCACACGGAGUACAUAAAGUUCGAGAUGGCUGUCUUCGAGUCGUCAUACCACGCCAUCCUCGGCAGACCAGCAUUGGCCAAAUUCAUAGCCUACGACUGCGACCAAGAGGCGAUCGAGUACACCGCGAUAUCACGCAUGCUAGAACCUUCUGCGGAAGUUUUCGCGGCUGCGCAAAAGCUCACCGACUCAGAGAUGGAGAUCUCCAGCCAGAGGCUUAGCCAGUCGAGGGUAAAACCCAACAACAACAACGUCAACAUCAAGGACAUCCAGCUGGAAGAAGGCGACUCAUCCAAAACUGCUUUAAUUAGAGGCAGCUUAAGUGAUAAAUAG